AUGGGAGUGAAAGGAUUUGUUGAAGGCGGAAUAGCAUCAAUCGUAGCCGGAUGUUCAACUCAUCCACUUGAUCUUAUCAAGGUCCGGAUGCAGUUACAGGGUGAAAACAACGUACGCGCCGCCCCAGCACAGUUGGGAGCCAAUAUCCACGUCGCCGCACCACCGCGCGUGGGACCCGUUGCAGUUGGGAUGCGGAUCAUCCAGCAAGACGGAGCAGCAGGGCUCUUCUCCGGCGUAUCCGCCACCGUUCUCCGUCAAACACUAUACUCCACCACACGUAUGGGUCUCUACGACAUGAUGAAGACAAAAUGGACCGAUCCCGAAACCGGAAACAUGCUAUUAUGGAAGAAGAUCGGUGCCGGAUUAAUCGCCGGUGGGAUCGGCGCCGCUGUUGGGAACCCAGCGGACGUGGCGAUGGUCCGCAUGCAGGCUGACGGAAGGCUCCCGGCUGCACAGCGUCGUAACUACAAAAGCGUGGUGGAUGCGAUCUCACAGAUGGCAAAAAGCGAAGGGAUCGGAAGCCUUUGGCGAGGAUCAUCGCUGACUGUGAAUCGGGCCAUGUUAGUGACUGCAUCGCAGUUGGCGUCGUAUGAUCAGAUCAAGGAGACGAUACUCGAUAAAGGUGUGAUGGAGGAUGGUUUUGGGACCCAUGUGACGGCGAGUUUUGCUGCCGGAUUUAUUGCUUCAGUUGUAACGAAUCCGAUUGAUGUAAUUAAGACUCGGGUGAUGAAUAUGAAGGUGGAGGCCGGGGAAGCGCCGCCGUAUGCCGGAGCAACUGAUUGCGCAUUGAAAACCAUAAAGACUGAAGGACCCAUGGCACUGUAUAAAGGAUUUAUUCCGACGAUAUCACGGCAGGGACCAUUUACGAUCGUGCUAUUUGUCACACUGGAACAGGUCCGGAAAUUGCUCAAGGAUUUCUGA